UUUGUCAUACUGUGUCCUCUUCGAUAAACUAUACAAUAACAGAGAAAAAGAGGGUCUCGAAAGGAUAAUAAAAAACAAACACGAAAAUGUCAAUAGAGAUGAAAUACAUGGGAUGUCCAAAAUAUAAUUUUUGCGCCAGCUGGAUAUUUUUCCUGUUGUGCACGAGGAAGAGAGAAAUGAGAAUUCACUGUAGGAUAUUUCCCCGAUUUUUCCUCUCUGAUUGCCUCAACGGAAGUCCCUUCGUGUGACCGGAGGACUCUGUUUAGGGCAAUGUUGUACACAGCAAAAUCGCUCAAAAAUAUAUAAAGUGAUACAUUCGAUAUAAAUUGUGUGUGUGUGAAAACUCAGUGAGAAGAAGUGUAAAUCAAAGUGUUCAACAAUUCAAUAUUAUUGCCAUGAAGACAAGUAAUUGCCGAGGUGAGCUCCCUCGCCAGCUGCCGCGUCAUCGCAAUCGUCACAUGAAUGACAUCCUUGCCGUCCUCACGACCACCCUGUGGGCGACUGCUGCGCUCGUGACGUCAGCCGGGGGCGCGGGUACGGCGAAACCAGGUCAACAAGGCAUGGGACCAGUGACGCAAUGUGCAAUGUCGGAGCACACAUGCACCAACGGAAAGUGUGUCCCACUCAAUAAAUUCUGUGAUAAUAUUAAUGACUGUGGUGACUCCAGCGACGAGCCCAGAUUCUGCACACCUUGCAAUCGAACGCUCUACGGAAAUUUGGGUCUCACGUACGACUUGGAGCUCCAUCGACCCAAAGAGGAUCGAAUACCUUAUAUUUGUGUAUUGACAUUUACAGCCGCCGGAGGGAUUCACGGCGACAUUGUUCAGGUGACUCUCGAGAGUUUCACGGUGGGGAAGUUUGUUUCCUACACCCAAAACGGCUGUCCCGAUGGAUAUCUGCAGAUCACAGAGGCCACCAGACAGACAGUGGGCGGAAUGUGGUGCGGAUCUUCAUGGGGGCCUCAAGUGUUCUACAGCGAAACGCGAUCCCUCGUGCUCACCGUCAAACUUUUCAGACUUGCUCGCGACCAGAGUGGCUAUAAUUUCGACUUUCGGAUACAGUUCAAGGUUCUCUCGCGCGAGAGUGCCGUCGUUCGCUAUGGUGGAGCUCAAAUAGGCGACGUGAAACCAUGGACAAAUUAUUCAUCCAGCUCAUCAUCCAAUUCAAUCACACUGACUGAAUAUGGAAAUUCUACUGCUAAUUAUGAUCCCACGCGCGGCACCACAUUCUUCCCAACAUCCACUUCCACUGGCAACCCUUUGGGUGGCUUUCGCUUCAAAAUACCCGAUUCAAUUCCCAUUGAGCCGCCCUACGAAGAUCUAACCACCUUCUACGGCAACAGAACGAGCUCUGGAAGAACGCCAGCCAAGAGCGGAGGGAACUUGACCGAGCCCAAGUAUUAUUUAGGAAAAUUAAUUCAAGGCACUUACUGUUCACGGAUCUUUAGUUCAUGCGACAAGAAAAUUUGCCGUUUGCAAUCUCCGAACUUCCCAGGAGUCUAUCCUAGAAACCUAACUUGCUACUACGCCAUAAGACAGCAAGAAGUGCCGCCGGGGAAGCACGCAAUGAUAAUCGUGAAACAGCCAAAAGGAAAUCUAAUCUGGAUAUCAACACAGACUCCAAUUGCCGUUACGAAGAAGAAUGACAAAGAGAAGUUCACCCCUCAGAUCAAAACAUGGCAAGAGUGUGAUCACGUUCAGGACACUGACAACCCUAAGUGGAAAUCUACGGACUACAUCACAAUCUACGAUGGCUACACCACGCGAGAUCCUGUCAUCCUUAAGUUCUGCGGCGGCGGCCAGAGUGUCCCGCCGUCCAUCUCGAGUGGCCCCGAACUGCUCGUGGAGUUCACGACGUCGCCCUACGGCACUUUCAUCAACACGCCACCCAACAUGAAUGCCCUGAAUGGCUUUCAAUUGGAAAUUGAAGUCAAAUUCGUGGACAUUAAAAGCCCGACUUACGUUGAAAAUAAGAGAUUGUGUGAGUUCUGGAUUCGAGGCACUGGCAGAGGACUCAUUGUGAACCCGCAACACUCUCUGUCGCCCAACACCACGUGUUUGUAUCACUUACAGGGAACAGAAUCCACUUUCCGCGGUGGCGGAAGCAUUGACCAUCACUUCCAAAUCCCUCGACGCGGAGACAACAUGGCAUCGCCGCCAAGUCGCUUCAAAGUGUGGCUUUCUGUCCUGAAAUUCGACUUGGCGCCGAAGUUCGGCAUCCUCGACGAUCCUGCCGGUGGCGCAGCUCAAGUGCAGCAGCAACAGAGCGAAGACUGCGCUGGAAUGUUGCGGAUCUGGGACGGGCCGCUGAGGGAAUCCCCGAAUUGCAAGGAUGUCAACUGUGAAAGGGACACAGCUCUGAAGUCUGGCGUCCUCACCAAGUACGGCCAGAACUAUACGAAUCUGAUAGCCAGAUUCUGUCGAGGAACAGUGCCAAGGAGUUGCGAACACGGUCUUCUGAAUGAGUCCUCCGUGCGCCCCUGUUUGGUGUCCGAGAGCUUCAUCUCCAGCUCUGAGUUCGUCACUCUUGAGCUCAGAAACUCCGAAUCCACCGCCCUCAGACCACUAUCUUUCCGACUCAAGUAUGAAUUUGUGGACCUGCAGCAGGAUGGCAUCCCAAUGGGAGCUGACCAGGAUUGCAAUCGACGCUUCGUCAGCAGCAUGAUGGAUCGACGUGAUCCCGGCGUCUUCCGCAGCGUGAGGAAUGUGUUCCUCUUCGGCCGCGGCGGCGCUCGCAGUUUCCGCUGCGUUCAUCGCUUCGAGGCGCAGCGCGGUGAGCGAGUGCGCGUGAUAAUCCGCAGAGUCAUGACGGGAAAUCGCACGUGCGCCUCUCGACUCGAUAACGACAUCAACAGAUCUUACUGCUUCGGCGACACAUCAAUCAAGCUCGAGAUCUUCGAGAAACCCUGGCACGAUGUCGUGGCAUUCCCGCGAGGCUGUAUUUGCAACUCCACAAACUCCAGCGACUCCUACUUGCCCAUCGUCUACACGUCCACCAGUCGCGACCUCGAGAUCCGCUUCUCCGCCAUCAACAUGACCAGCUUCGAUGACGCUUCCGUGAUCAAUUUCGAGGGCAGCUUUGAGUUCAUCAAGUCUCCGUCUUCGUGCCGUGACAGUCGCAGGAAAUUCGGCCCUAGCGGUCACGUGGACAUGACUUUCGGCGUCCUAGAGUGCCGCUCGCGACCCUGGUUGAUAGAGCCCAGUGUCGAUCGCUUCAUAUACGUCCAGGUUCACGGAAUCUUCCUCAGACGAUACGAUCCUCAAGUGCAUCAGCAUGUGAACACCAGCAUGAAGACCAGAACUGCGGAGAACUGCAUCACCAAGGCUAGAGUCAUCCUCACAACUGGCGAAGGCCUUUCCAUCACGGCUUGUCCCCUCGGCUCUGACGCUGGCCGCCGACACACCGUGGAGAUAUUUAGCAGCGGAUGGAACAGGGACUUCGGCUACUUGGCUACUGAUCCUCCGCGCGCGGUGUCCGUUGAGUUCCUAGAGGCCGAAGACGGGGACUUUUCCUUCUCCUGGCUCGAGAUGUCCAAGCGUCCGCCGCAAGGUCUCAUCGAUUGCCAAUAUCGCUGUCCUGAGCUGGAAGCUUGCGUCAACGCCAGCGUCUGGUGCGAUGGCAAGUCUGACUGCCCCUCAGGUUAUGACGAAUCCUUCACGCACUGCUCCGCCUUGCUGAGACUCCCUGCCGAAAUUCUGGCCACGCUCUCUGUGGUCUUCCUCGUCUUCUUCGGCGCUUUCGCAGCCUAUGCCUACAGGAAAGUGAAGAGGAGCUGUCGAGGAAGUUCUGUCCUUCAGACGCGCCUCAAAUCUCUGAGUUCCAUGGACACGGCCGUGUUCGACGAGAAGGACCAGAUUAGCUGACAAAACGAGAACUCUGUGCGCUACGUGGAGAUCGAUCGUGUCACUACGGUUUGACCAAAUGGCGCACAGAAGCAUUUUUCUACAAUUUCCGGACUAAAUCAUCCCUGGAAGAGACUUCUUUCUACUUUCAACUUAAGACUUUCCGUGGGCAUUUGAACAAUUGGCGAUUUGUCACUCCUCAUUUUCUCCGCAUCUCGCGCAUCUUUGUUACGUAAAACGGACCAAUUUGACAAAGAGAAGGAAGGAAAACUGAUGACAAGGACUUUCUCAUUAGAAUAUGACAAUUUAGAGAUUCCUCGAUUUGUAUUUUUGCUGAGGAAAAGACGUUUGGGAAGAAGGCGAAUUUGUGAGAAUUUGACUCAGAAUAGUUAAACUCAUCAUUUGUUUUCUAUUUGUCUUUUUGUUUUCUCGAAAAAAAAUAUUAAGGAAGUACUCUCAAUGUAGACUUAAACGUAUUUUAACAUGUGAUUCUUAGGUACCUGUCAGAGGUCAAACGAAUUUUCAAAUGCAGAAAUUCUCGUAGUGAAGCGUUGAAAGUAGAAGUUCAACAAUAAAAAUCUUGUUACCACCACUUGAAGGAGGAAAACUUUGCCAAUAUUCAAAUUAAAAUGAGAAGUGAGAUAACUUCUAUAACUGCCACUUUUUGGAGACAAGUGAAGCGAAGAAGGACGAUUGAGAAUAAUUUAUCAUGUGAUUUUUAUCUGUUCAUCUUCGUAAAAUCUCGAUAGAAGCACAAUCGAAAGCAAUUAUUUCGCGAGAUUGUUGUGAGACACAUUUUAAAGAGGAUCUCUUAUCGAGGCCCGCGCGUCUCAAGAACCCUUAACAAUUCAUAACUGCCAUUUAAGAGGAAACAUUUUAGAGAACCAAGUGUAUGAAAAAAUUACAAAACUUAUAGUGAUUUAUCCUUGCAAUUUGUUACCAGCGAGAGCACAAAAGUGACACAUUUUUUACACAUCUGUUAAUAUAUUUCCAUUAAGUCAUUGUUUAAAUGUUCUGUUUCUUCUCGAGACAUAGAGAAUAAUAAUAACUUAGUAAAAUGUACGAAUUGCGGAAAGAAAACUUGUUGAAUGGCAUCCAUUUGAAGAGAAGAAAAAGAAAUUCAUGUUGUGUCUUUUGUGUGGAGUAAGAAAAAAAACCUAAGAAAUGCAAAAUAUAGCAGGAAAGUUGUUAAAAUUGUAGCGUAAGUUUGGAAGUACUAUUCCUCUCCCUUUCCCUCCAAUAUGAAAAAUCCAGAAAAUCUCACUCUGAUAAGAAGUAUUACUAAAAAAAAGCUCAUUGUAAGGAAUAAAAGUAAUGAAAACCUAUUAAAUAAAUUUAAAGAAAUAUAGUGGAAAUUCCCAUAGUAAUAUUGUGAAAAGCAAAGCAGAAAAAGUGAGAGAGAAUUGAGUAUCUUAGAAUGUUGGAAGUUUUAUAUAAACUAAUAGGAAGAGUCUUGAGAAAAUACCGACGCGAGUGUCUUUAUGCAUUAUGGUUAGAUUAGAGAAACAAAUUACAAAGAGAAACUUGUCAAAUUCUUCCGGAAUCAUCCAAAAGCAGACGAUAUUGUUGACUUAAAAACUGUAAAGAGUUGAGCCAUCAGAGAUAAAGUGUGAGGGAGUCAGACAAUAAAAAUGAAUUGAUUGAGAAGUAUAAAUAGAAUAGAGGAAAAAAGAGAAAUAAUAUUGAAUUUUGUGCACAUCAGUCGUCUCACAGCGGAAUGCAAUGCUUCAAUUAUUUUUUAAUUACAUUUAAAACUAUGCAAGUACGCUCAGUGACCGAUUUUCCCACAUUUUCCCCUGAUAAAUCAACUUUGCCGCACUCGCAAAGUGGGUCACAUUAAUUUCCCCGUAAUAAAUUACAAAGGAUAAUUCAGCAAAACAUUACAAAUUUCCUCCAUUCAAUCACUUAUGCUUUUAAUUAAUUAAUCCUCUGUAAAAGAGGAAUAAAAACUCACCGUUUUUUCAGCGUUUACCAGAAGCAUUGCAAUUUAUCGCAACUUGUGAGAUUCCCAGCCAAACUGAGUAAAUCAAAAGGAAGGUGGAAAUUGUAUGAGAUUCCAUAGAAUUAAGAGAAGCAAAUUUCCUUGAACAUUGAUAAACAUUGAGCAGAAAAUAAACCAUGGGUCAUA